UUCGCGAUGAGGUCGUCGAAGCUGAAGUUCGACAUCCUCGGCCGGAAGGUCAAGGGUGACAAGGGCAACGUGCUCAAGGCGCGUGAGGCGGGAUAUAUCAAGCGCAAAGACACGCUGCUCAAGGAGCAUCAAGCCUCUGGUAAAUCAAACGCCUUCGUCGACCGGCGAUUUGGCGAAGACGACGCGAGCAUGACCCCAGAGGAGCGCGCCAUCGGAAGGCUCGCGCGCACACGCCUGAGGCAAAUCAAGCGCGGGUCCGGGUUCAACCUCAACGACGACGACGACGACGGCCAGGGCUACGACGACGAAGAACCAAUCACCCUGACGCACGGCGGCAAACCCAUCGACGAGCGUGAGGAGGAGCGCAGGUCCGCGCACGCCAUCGCGAGGGGUCGACGGGGAAUGAGGGACGACGACUCGGAUGACGACAUGGCUAUGGACGCAGCCACCACAGGGGCGCUUCACUUCGGCGGCGGCGAGGACGAUGAUGGGUUCGAGCCCACGCUCAAGCGCGGAGAUCACGAUACUCCCGAGGAAAACGGGGACCCGAACCGUCGCAAGACCAAGAAGGAGGUGAUGGAUGAGCUCAUCGACAAGAGCAAGUACCACAAGGCGGAGCGUGCGCGGCAGAGGGAGAGGGACGAGGAUCUGCUCGACAAACUCGACGACGAAUUCAAGGAAAUCUCCGGGGCUGGCCUUUUCCGCGCGGCACUCAGCAAGGGCGUCGGCCACCUCAAACCCGACGGAUGGGAGAGGGACGAUUACGACAAGCUCGCAAGGGAACUUGCGCUCGAGUCCAGGGGUCAGGCGACGGAUAGGAUCAGGACUCAGGAGGAGGUCGAUGCUGCAGAGGCAGCAACACUCGAGACAGCUGAGCGCGCGCGGCUGAAGCGAAUGAACGCCAGUGAUGAAGACGACGACGACGAUGAAGAAGACGAAGAUGAAGAAGAAGACGCCGACGAUGAUGAAGAGGACAACGACGACGAAGAGGCUAAAGAGGCUGAAGAGGCUGGUGAAGAGAAGGAAGAGCUGGAUUUCUCGGGGGACAAGUCUGACUCUGAUUUAUGGUCAGAUUCAGAGGAGCAGUAUGAGGAAGGGGAGCCAAAGCCGGCGAAGGCAAAGGACCCGAAGGCGAAAGCGCCCGUGCCCGAGCUUCCAUUCACGUUUCCCAUGCCCGAGACCCCUCACGAUCUCGAGAAGAUCGUCGGUCACCUCUCCGUGGAGGACACCACCGUGGCUUUGGAGCGCAUCCGAAAGUGCCACGCGCCGACACUCAAGGAGGACAACCGCAAGAAAAUGCAGUCCUUCCUCGGCCUUCUCUUGCAGCGCUUCGAGAUGCUCUCCGGCCAAAGCCCACUCCCGGUCGAUUACCUCGACGUGCUUGCGGUGAACAUCGCCGCGGUGGCGAACAUCGUUCCGUUCUUUGCCGUCACCUCGGCCCGCGCGAGGCUUGAGAAGAUGGCUGCUCGGCUCAGGCAGAGACUCCGGGAUGGCGAGACCGGUUGGCCGCCUGCGCGCACCAUCCUGCUCAUUUCGCUCUUCGCCGACAUCUUCCCGACCACGGACAAGCAGCACCCGGUAUCGACCCCCGCCGCGCUCUACCUCGGCAACGUGCUGGCACACUGUGCGGUGCGGUCCACAAGAGAGGCGGUCACGGCGGUGGUGGUUGCUGGUCUUGCGGCGAGGUACUCAGCACCUGCGGGAAGAAUAUUUCCCGAGGCGAUCACCCUACUAG